AUGGACGGCACAAAUAACCAAAAUAACAACAAUAAUGACAAUAACAACUGCAACAUUUUAACAACAAUGUUUACAUCUUUGAAAGAUCUUCCUCAGAAAUAUCAUAUCAAACUAUACAUAGCGAUUAUUGUAGGUCUAAUAUCAAUUUUAUCUGGAGCGUAUCAGGCAAUAAAUGAAGUGAUCGAAAAUAUUAAUAUGAUGGAUAAGAAUAUUAAUAUUAUAGGCGAGAGACUUCAACACUUCAUUCAGAUUACUGAUGAACGGUUUAAGAUUGCUGACGAAAGAUAUAUGAUCCAAAACGAAAAACUUGAAGUUUUAAUGCAGAAAAUACUUAAUGAUAAAUAUGAAAGAAGAUUUAAAUCAGUGAGUAGUAAUACUUAUAUUGUUAUUCAGGAUAUGAUAUAG